GUCAACCUAAGGAGGAAACUUCAUUAACAGUAGAAGAUUUAAAAUUAAUGAGCAUAGAAGGGUUUAUUAUAUAUACCUAUAAUGCUUUGAAAACUCUAAGAACUUGUCAUGCUUCUAUGUGGGAUGAUAGAGCCAUUAUAAAUGUGCAUUAUAUUAUGGCUGAUAAACCUUGGAAUAAGGAAAUUAUCAAUUUCGAACAAGAAUUUCAAGAUGUUAAAGAAACUAAUGAUGAAGAAGCAAUCUCUUUGUUUGUACUGAAUAGUUGGUGGUGGAAAGUAUGGAAAGGAAUGGAAUUCAGCGCUGAUGAUUUUUCAGUUUAA